AUGGCGCCCCGCAAGACCGUCGCCGGCGACAAAGCCCCGAAGGCCCCUGUCACCAAAAAGACCGCAAACAAAGUCAUCAAGCGACCAGCGCGCGGAUACCACAAGUUUCGAAAUGGCUUACUAAAUGUCACGCCCAAAGGUGAUGAAAAAGAGCUAUUCAAGCUACGGCAGCGCAAACAAAUCACGAUACUACAAUUCGACAUCGUUUCGCCCGAAAGCGUCAUAGAGCUCACAGAGUUCUUCUUUGUGCGCAACAAGUUUAUACUUGCUGACUCGCUCCCCGCGUUGCAAGAGCUGCGAGUUGAAGUAUACUCGGCCCAAGAUCCAAUUAUGACCCGCGAGAAAACGGAGGAGGCUGUACACGAGUACCUCGAACCAAGCAUCCGAGAAAUGUCGGUCGAAGUAAAGGUACACCAGACCAAUCGACCAUGGUCUGGUCGUUGA